CUCGUCAUGUUAUUGCCCGGCUGCCCGGCUGCCCGGCUGCCCUUCCUGCCAGGUUAUCACAGAAGUAGGUACCCCGGUAUCCUUCCGGCCACUGUCUCGUCGUGAAGAUUGCGACCUGGAAAUGACACGUCAGCUCUUUGGCAAUGGGAGUGCCACGUGGCUGAGGCGCUGCUUCGAAUAGCUGCCAUGUUACCGAAGUCCCAGCUGGAGGAGGAAGGGAUUGAUCGGUCAUCUUGUCAAUACCUAUAGAGAACUGUCGAUUAGCUAAGAGAUCGUCACUUCAAGGACGGAGCCACUUGGAGUGGCUCUCUGUGGUCUGGGGACGGCUACACUUAUAUAGAGUCGGUCCCAGCAUUGUUGAUGACGAUCUGGACGAGGGGUUGAUGGCUCAGCUCAGCUUUGCGGGAAGAGGAAGGUGGUGAGAAGAAAUGGAGACGGAAAAGAAGCGAGACAGGUGGGAAAGAGUGGAUGACAGUGAUAAUGAGCCAUGGAGACACGGGGAGGAUGGGAGAGAGAGCUUGAUGAUGGGCGGUGUACGUCAUAAGACACGAGAGGGAUGGGAGAGGGAGAAGAGAACUUUGCACAGUCUAGAUGAUGGAGGUGAAGUAGAGGAUGAUGGUGGGGGUAGAUUGAGUGUAGGCAGGAGGAAGAGAGAAAGCCGAGGGAGGAGCAGGGAACGUUCUGAAGAAGAUGAUGAGGACCAGCGACGAUCAGCUGGGGAGAGGGAGCGUGAGAAGGCGAGGAAGAGGGAGAGUCGAGAGUAUUCGGACAAAGAAGCAGAGGAUGAUAGGCGUCCUGUGACUACGGACAAAGAGAGGGUGAGGGAUACGGAUAAGGAAAAGGGGAGGGGUAGGGACAGGAGGAGGGAGAGAGAUAGGGGGAGGGAUAAGGAAAGGGAUAGAGAAAGAGAUAAGGGGAGGGAUAAGGACAGAGGGAGUGGGAGGGAGAGGGGCAGGGACAGGGAGAAGAGAAGGGAGAGAGAGAAGGGGAGUGAGAGGGAGGGAAGAUAUUUCUCAGGAUCAAAGAGAUCACAAGAGAGGAGCAGGGACAAAGGUGAAGUAGAAGAGACUCUGGAAACGAUCAAACAAGGCAAUCGGCAGUUGCUAGGGAGAGAUGGUGUGGAGCACCAUGGCAAAGAAGUUAGCGGUAUGAGACCUGACGGUGCUAAUGGGACCGCUGCGGAGGAGCUGGUCAGUGGGCACAAGAGGGAUCAUCGUGCAGAAUUUGCGGAGACGAAGCCAAUCGAGAAGGAUGCCGACAAGAGCCCUUCGAAGCACCAAACCGAAGGAGAUGUCACUGGCGAACACAGUGAACAGCUGAGUGGUGAAAAAAAAAGAAGUGAAAAAUGUCCUAGAAGAGGUGACGGCGGUCGGGAGGACAGUCUUGACGGUCACAGCGAUGGAGGUCCAAGAGAGAGAGGCAAACACAGAGAUGGAAGACGGGAGGGUGGCGAAAAAACAAGAAGGGAGAAGAGAAGAUGGAAACGCCGAAGAGUGAGCAGCAGUGAAGAGAGUGAGUAUACCAGUAGCGGGGACUCGUCGGAGGACAGCGAGUCGGAAAGUACUAGUGGGAGUGAGUCAUACUCAUCGGAGAGUGAUAGUGAGAGUGAUAGUGACGAGGAGAGGGAGAGGGAGAGGAGGAGGAGACGCAAGGAAAAGGAGAAGAGGAAGGAGAAAGAGAGGAAGAGAGAGAAGGAGAGGGAGAAGAGGAAGAGAGAGAAGAAGAGGAAGAAAGAGAAGAAAGAAAAGCAGGCAAGGAAGGCAAAGCAGAAAAAGGAACAGGACAAGGAGAAGGGGUCAAUGCGAGGAGCUGUCACUGCUCAGUGGGGAACGCACGGGCUCAUCAAGGAGAUUGACAUGUGGAAAAAGCGGCCAGAGUUCAGUGCAUGGCUUGCAGAAGUGAAGAAGAUAAACUUAGAGACAUUGACAAACUGGGAGGAGAAGAGUAUGUUCAAGGAGUAUAUGGAAGACUAUAACACGGCCACUCUUCCAUCGAUGAAGUAAGUCCAGGAAUUUUGUAUUUGCGUUUUUCUCCGUCCUUGUGUCACACCUGUCCACUCUGUUCCCCAUCGUACUCGCCUUCGUCCGUC